AUGAGUCUGUUAGCCAUUAACGUAGCUGAAUCUCCAGUGAAAAGUGAGGGUUUACAAGAUGAACUCAGGGCUUUUGAUGCUACAAAAACUGGUGUGAAAGGAUUAGUAGAUGCUGGGAUCGAAAACAUCCCAAAAAUAUUCAUUAGACCAGCUGAUGAAGUUGCCGAGGAAUCAAAUUAUGGGCACAGCAAUUUACAGGUUCCCGUCAUUGAUCUUAAUGGUAUAGAAGCAGAUGAUCAGCGAAGGAAGAUCAUCAGUGAAGUGAAAAAUGCAUCAAAAGAGUGGGGAUUUUUCCAAGUGGUGAAUCAUGGGAUUCCUCAAACUGUUUUAGACUCCAUGCUUGAUGGAGUAAGUAGAUUUCAUGAACAAGAUGCAGAGGAAAAAAAGAAAUUUUAUUCUCGUGAACCAAUGAAGAAAGUGAAAUAUUAUGGCAAUAUUGACCCGUUUAGAAAGCGUGCAGUUUGGAGGGACACAUUCACCAUCUCUCUGAUGACCUCGUGUGACAUUGAGCCCGAUGAAUUGCCUGUGGUUUGCAGAAAUUCAACAUUUGAAUACAUCAAUGAAGUUACAAAGUUAGGGAAAACUCUAUAUGAGUUAUUAUCUGAAGCUCUAGGCCUGAAAAGAGAAUACCUAGAAGCGAUGGAAUUCCUACGAGACAACCAGUGGAUUGACGUACCACCCCGUCCUGGGAGCUUCGUAAUCAAUAUUGGUGACAACCUUCAGAUGGUUUCAAAUGACGAGUUUAAAAGUGCUUGGCAUAGAGUGCUAUCCAACCAGGUCGGACCAAGAAUUUCGGUGGCAUGCUUCUUGGCCGGAGUCAUGGAUCCUACGAAGGUCUAUGGUCCAAUCAAAGAGUUGAUAUCUGAAGAAAACCCCCCUAUAUACAAAGACUUUACAGUAAAUGAGCAUUUGGCCAAGUUCUAUUCAAAGCCGAUUGGAAAAUCAUGCCUAGAUGAUUUCAAGUUUAAAAAUUAG